CCAGUUGUUGGAUAUAACUUCAUAACAUAUGGUUCAUUCGAUACGGAACGUUGCAGUGAAGGCUUACUUUACAUCGUUCAGAAACCGAAGGACUUCAAUACAAAGAGAUAUAAGAUAGGAAGAACAUAUAAUAUAACUCAAAGAUAUGACAGUACAGUCAAUAGAGUUAAGGUUGUGUUUGUUAACGAUAUGAGAGCUGCUGAAACAGAACUACUCGAAAAGUUUGAGAAAAUGUAUGGUGCUCCCACGAAAGGUAAAGAAACGUUUGAAGUAGAUGAGAUAGGUAAAGCUAUAAAAUUAUUUGACGAAGUUGCUGAAAAAUACAUGUAA